UAAACAUGGCAGAUUUUUUCGACUGUAAUUAUAGAUUUUCACAUACUUUGUAAACUCGUUGUAUUGUUAUUGCCUAUUGGUUUCUUUCUUAGCCAAGAAAUGCAAGGAAUAAUAUUGGAUGAAACUUCACUUUUCUUCAAUGACGUCAAGUGAUAAAUUUGUUUUAAGAAUAGUCAGCCGCAAGGGUGAAAAUAUCGACUGGAUUGUCCCUUGUCAAACUGCUUUCAGAGAUGUUUUGGAAAUUGUUGCAAAAGUUCAUACCGGUGGCACUACAACAGCAUUUGAAUAUGAGGACGAAGAUGGAGACAGGAUAACAGUUCGAAGUGAUGAAGAAUUAAAAGCCAUGAUCGAUUACCACUGGAUGGGUCAAGAUCCUUCAACAACACCUUUGAAUGUCUAUCCAAAAGCUUGUAAAACACCAAGUAAAAGGAAUGUCCAUGGUCUAAAAGUAAACACAAAGGCACCACCGGUUGCUAUCACAACAACAAAGCAGAUUAGUUCCAAAGCAGUGCAUGAAAAGGUACCUGCUCCACCAGGAAGCUUGAGGACAAUCUUGGCAAGUGGACAGGUUUCCCACGAGGAACUUCAAUAUCUCGAGAUUCUGGGUCAUGGCAUUGGAGGAACUGUGUACAAAUGUUGUCACACGACCUCUCAGAAAACGAUGGCUGUCAAGGUUAUACCUUUGGAUUUGACUCCAGACGUUCAAAAACAAAUAUUGUUAGAAUUGGAUAUCCUGUUUAAGUGUGAGUCACCUUAUAUUAUUGGUUUCUUUGGCGCGUUUUUUCUUGAAAGCUUGAUAUCAAUAUGCACCGAAUACAUGGACGGAGGCUCGCUUGAAAUUUAUGGGGCAAUUCCUGAACCUGUACUAGGCAGAAUUUCAGUGGCUGUUGUCGAGGGGCUUGUGUACUUAUGGCAGCUAAAAAUUAUGCACAGAGAUGUGAAACCUUCAAAUAUUUUAGUAAACACAAGGGGGCAGAUUAAGUUAUGUGACUUUGGGGUCAGUACACAGCUUGUGAAUUCGAUUGCGACAACUUAUGUUGGAACUAAUGCUUAUAUGGCUCCUGAGCGUGUGUUGGGUGGAGAAUACAGUAUUCGUUCAGAAGUUUGGAGUCUUGGUAUAUCAGUCUUAGAAAUGGCUCUAGGAAGGUUUCCCUACUGUAAGGAAAACUCGGAACCAAAAGUCUUUCUGCCAAUUGAAUUGAUGCAGUGCAUUGUAAACGAGAGCCCUCCCAGUUUGCCAGUUGAGAAGUUUUCGCCAGAUUUUGUCGCAUUUGUCAGCACUUGUAUGCAGAAGUCGAUAAAGUCAAGACCCACACCUGAAGAAUUGAAGGACCAUCCAUUUAUUUUACUCAACAACGAUGGCAAUAUAGAAAUAGUUUCAAUGUGGGUGUGCAGGAAACUAGAGGAAAUCCGAGGACGAUCGCAAAGCUUAGAUAGUCCUAGUCAAAGUGAACCAAUGAUACAUUAGUUACUUGUUGUGAGCAAACAAACUGCGAUGAUUUGUUUUAAAAUGAUUCCUGGUUUUUUCAGAAGCCCAAAACAACAAUAGCUUGGGAACCGGUUACAAUUUCUCAACUGAGCUAGGGUGAAGAGAAUUUUGAAAAAAAAAAUUUUGAAAUAUCUUAUUCUUUAUUAUAAUUUUGACAUAAUUUUAAGAGCUCCUUUAGUAAUAGAAACUAAAUUUUAAAAGCUCUUUAAGUAAUAGAAAAUAAUAGAAACUAAAUUUUUAUCGCCCAUACCCUUUAAAGGGUGAAAAUAUACCCCACAAAAUCUACCCUUUGAAAGCAAACAAUGUUGACAGAGGACCGUAUUGAUGCAACUCAUUGUCGGUCAUUUCAUGGAUUAUUUCUGAAAAUAUUGUAAGAGUUCAACUUUGUUUUAAUUACUCUACUUUAUAAUUCAAGUCUUAAAAGGUGUAUAUCGUUAUUUUUUUAUUAACAUGCACCUUGCUUUAUCCAACCCAAUACAUGUAAUAUUAGUAGUGACUGGUCCUUUAGCGCGUCUGUAAAAAUAAGAUGUUUUAAUUUUUCUUAUUUAUAACUGAUUAUUAAUUAAUAUAAACAUAUAAUGUAUUCA